AUGGCUGCGGAGACAGGAACUGCGGAAGGGUCUAGAAGACCCCGGCGCUUCACGUUCUCCGACGAAGCCCCUGCCCCGCAGUCUGCACCGGCGCCAAGCGCCUCGUCGACUGCCAUCCCUCCGCGGCAAGGCUUUUCAGCGGCCACCCCGCCGCCUUCCUACGGGGGCUUCAGCCAGCAACCAAGACCGGCACCGGCAGUACAUCCACCGGCUGGUUGGCCCCAGCAGAACUGGGGAACUGCCCCUGCUGCCGGUUGGGGCGCUGGUGCUGGUGCUGGCCUCGCCGGUGCAGGUGAUGGCUGGGGAGGCGAUGCUUGGGCAGGUGGUUGGGGCCCAGGCGAUGGCUGGGCAGGCUGGGGGCAGGGUGCCUGGGGCAAGGGAGGAGGCGGCGCAGGUGCGUUUGGCGGCCCUCCCAUGUUCGGGACCGUGCUGAUUGGCACGGUAAAGAGUUACUCUGCCGUCAAAGGCUUUGGGUUCCUCAUUCACCCUGACAUUCCGCAGGACAUAUGGUUUGCGAAGGAAACCGUGGCUGCGGAGCUCAGGACCUCCGACCUAGCAGGGACUGCCAUGGCUUUCGAGCUCAUGAGGGCCCCGGAUGGCAAGCCUCAGGCUCGCAAUCUGCGACCCGCCCCGGCUGGUGCCGGGAUGCCCCCACCCCCGGUGAACCCCAAUCACCACCCGCAUGCAAUGCCGGGCUUCCGGCCGGGAAUGCCUGGCCUUCCCGGCCUUGCCGGAUGCCCGGGCCUCGUCCGGCCUGGCUUCCCUGGCGCAGUUCGUCCUUUAGGAGCCAUGGGUGUUGGAGUUGGAGUUCCGCUCGGUGGCUGUGGCCAGCCCAAACGACGGGCUUGGUCGCCUCAUGCCGGUUCUCGAGCCAUAGCUACAGCCUCUUUGGAAGAGGGGCAGGACUCGUCGGAUGGGCCGAGCCAGAAGCGGCGGCGGCUCAGUGUGCCUUCGUCGCUACAGGGCCUCUUCGAACGUGCCGAGGAGCCGGAGGACCAUGGUGGCCGAAAGCGCCGCGUGCCACAUGUCGAAGGGAACUACCCGACCUUAGUGUUUAUUCCCGUGACAAUGACGCGAGCGUGGCGACGGACUGGUGACCGCUGCAAGGCGCUGCUGUCUCGGCUGGCACCCCAGGCAGAUGUCCUCAGCACAGAUCCGGAGGUCGGCGCAGGAUGGCAUGUCAGCUUGGCCCCUUUGAUGAUGCUGCGGCGCCAAUCCAUCCAGCCUUUCGAGGAGAGGCUGCGCAAGCUGGCAGAGGGCCUCAGCAUGCCGGACGGGGUGCAGGAGGACAUCUGGUUCAACGAGACCUUGGAGGUUUUCUCUUCGGCUGAGGGCGACAGAUAUUUUGCCGGUGUCUCUGCUGUCUCCACCUCGCAACGAUGGUUGCGGCCGCUAGCAGCUGCAGUGACCUCCGCAGCGCGCGAUCUUGGGGUCUCUGUGGCGACUCACAGUGCAGAUCUGCUCCAGCUGCACUGCUCGCUGGCGUGGACGACAAGCGAGCUGCGGCCAGCGCUCAGUGCCGCGGGCGCCGAGAUGCAGGAAAGUCCAUGGGGCCGAAGAUGGAUCUUGCAGGACGGAGCCGGGGUACCCCUCAAGCUGCGGGUCAAGGGCCUCUGCGCCAGAAUCGGCGACCGAACUUCAAGUGCUGCCUUCACGCAGCUCAAAGGCGGUUCAAGCGAGGACGAGGAGUCCUUGUCUGGGAGUGGCGAUGACCAUGACCAAACCUUGACCUGA